AGAACAUCAACCUACCGACAAAACAACCAUCUGUCGAUAUUCAAAAUGUCUAACGCAGAACUCGCCAGCUCUUACGCCGCGUUGAUCCUCGCCGAUGACGGUGUCGAUAUCACUGCCGACAAAUUGCAAACCCUCAUCAAGGCCGCCGGUAUUGAAGAUGUUGAGCCAAUCUGGACCUCAUUGUUCGCCAAGGCUCUCGAGGGAAAGGAUGUUAAGGACCUUUUGUUGAACGUCGGAUCCGGUGGUGGAGCCGCUCCAGCUGCUGCUGGUGCCGCUGCCAGCGGUGACGCCUCUGCCCCAGCUGAGGAGAAGAAGGAAGAGAAAGAAGAGGCCAAGGAGGAGUCAGACGAGGAUAUGGGUUUCGGUCUCUUCGAUUAAAUAUCUAUCUCACCUUUUCUCUCCGUACUUUCAAAUGCAUGGCCACGGUUUAUAUUCCCUCGGUGCAAUAUUGGGCUGGUAGGGUAGCUUCCAUAAAUCAGCAAGCAUUCAUGAAUUCUUCCGAAAGAUAAAAACCUGGUUCCAUCUAUACUGCCGAGUGCAUGAACACGCCGUGAUUAUGUAUGAUGAAGGUGGACUGAGAUGUCAAAGAAUGAUAUCAAACUAGCCUCAUUCGAGGCUUCCAAGACAUGUACUUUGGAGACACAGAUCGAAGAAUCCAAUUCAAGAAUUUCGAACAGGAAUUUCUAAAAGUCUUCUGCAUGAGUACACUACACCAG